AUGCCCAAGAAAGGAAUCAGCGUAUACAGCUACAUCGGCGUGCCAGGCUACGAAAUUGGCUUCUCCGUCCCUCAGGAGCAAUGCCUCCAUGACUCGACACACAACUUUACGUGCCGCGAUCUGGAAGUUGAUUCGGCGCAUAUUUCAGGCCUAGAGAACUUCACUGGCCGAUUGCAGUGGACGGUCUUCCGAUACGGCGAAGUAGUUGCCACGCAGUACAACGAUGUGAACAGUGUGACGGGCAAGAUUGAGGCGGGGACGAUGGUCUCAACGCAAGAUUUUCACCCGAUAUUUACCGAGGAUGCGAUUAUCACGUACGGCUUCUAUACGGCUGGACAUGGUGAGGUGGGCCUCACGAAUAGACACCAAUGUUACGUGACGAUUUGUUCGACAGAGAACCGUUUCUGGAUGGGCAGUGUUGCGUCUCCGGGAUCAAUUGCGGCUCAGAAACCGUUCUGGCGGUUCGUUCUAGCUGCACCACACGAUAAUGGAAUGAACAGUAUGGGCUCGUGCGAUGCUAUUUUUCAGCAUUUUGAUACAGAUAUGCUAAGUGCGGUCCGCAAGCUGGUGCCGUUGCUGGAGCACGUUCAGCAUAUCCCCGACCAUUUUUUGAUGGAAAAACUGCCGCAUAUCGUGUACGGUCUGGCCGUUACACAGAAGAAAACCGUGUCGACCAUGCUUGCCAUGGGAGCUAGAUACUUUGAGUUCCGCCCAGCGAAACUACUACCCAUGUUUGCGUCGUCGACGGCGCUGCGGGAUACCUUCUACUUCCAGCAUGCUUGUAUCCCCGGACUGGCUUUUGAUGAGUUUCUACGUGAACAGGUGACGUUUCUGGACGAGAAUCCGACAGAGAUCGUCACAGUGCAUAUUCGCUGGGACAAUAUCGUUGCGGAGUGUAAGCGGCCUACAUCAGAGGAAAUUGCAAAUAUGCUCAGUGAGGCGUGUGGACAAGCCAAGCAGCACCUGCUCACAUGGGGCACGCGCGAGUGUUUUAUGAAACCCAUUGAUGAGUUGCGACGGACAGGGACCCGGCUAAUUGUGGUAAUAGAAGCAGACAAAUACGAUAGCUGGACUGCCAAGGCCUACGCGACACUGUCUGCAGACUCCAUCCUCGCCAGAUUCGAGUCGAUGAACAGCCAGGGACAAGAAGCGAGUGAUUUGACCAUCCUGCAAUGUCAGGCAACUUCGCAGUCCAUCAAGGAAGUCUUGGUUUACAGCGUUGUCUCUGCACACUCAGCCAGCUCCUGUCUUACCUCGACCAAAGGGGCACUGGACAUGCAGACAUUGCCUUGGAUCAGAGAACAUGCGUUAACUAGGCUGACUGCUGAACGGACUAUUGUUAUUAUGAAUGACUUUAUUGAUGGGGCGACUAUCGAUACAUCCAUUCUUCUCUCUAAGGAGAGGUUGAAGUGA